UGUUCCGCUAGGGGACCGUCUGUUAUAUUUUUAGCGUGGCAUGGAGGCCGUACCGUCCAUGUGAGGAAGGGCACAGCUGGGGACAAGAUGAGUCUCUCCGUCUGACACUCCAGGCUGGGACUUGCAGGCGGCAGCCAGUAGCCCCCUAACCGGCACUCACACAGGGUUUUUAGUCCAGUGUGAGUUUGUCGCCUGCAAUAAACACCUCCUGGGGGAAUAUAUUCUGAUGGCUGCCAGUUAUGGAAGUACUCCUCAACCAGGCCUGCUCUCCCAGCAGUACCCACCACCCCUGCUCCCAAAGCCAGGAAAGGACAACGUCCGGCUGCAGAAGUUACUCAAGAGAACAGCCAAGAAGAAGGCUGCUCCGCCGGCCACACAGGCACCUGCGCCCUAUCGCUCCAGCCUCUCUCCUGUGAGUGAGGCCAGUCCUGACCUUGAGAAGAGUGACCCCUCAACCCCACCCAGGACACCAGAGACCCCGAUCUAUGGAAGUACUGUGCAGCCCAGGUUCUUCAUCAGACCCCUCUAUCAACACACUGCGUCACCUUACCCAGUACACCGAAAUUAUGGGAAAACAGCUAGGAUUUCCCCACAGACCUACACAGCUUCAGUCUGCACCAGUCCCCAGCUAGUGGCCUCACUGUAUACAUACACCCCAUCACAAUCAUCAACAUCACAAACUCCAGCUGCAGCUCAGCUUCCUGAGCAGGCAGUCAUGCCAUCAUUACUAAUUACGAGAUCAGACCCAGCUACAGUGCCCUCAAUAUCCCAUGUUUCAAGUCAGGGAAGGACAAUUCAUGGAAAGCACAGUCUACAGAUAAUUAUCACUGAGGCUCCCAAAUCCAAAAAACCCAUGUUUGAUGUCCCCCAAAUAACAAUGUAUACAGCUAAAUCUCCAUUUCAAGAGAGGUCAAAGUCACCUUUCUAUGAGAGUUCAGGGGUGAAGACAUUUCAUUAUGGAACAACAACACCCAGGAGUAAAACACCUACAUUUGAGGUAAAGAGAGUGGCAACACCUACAUCUGAAAUCAGGAGAGUUACCACACCUAUAUCUGAAGUGAGCAGAGGUAUUACACCAACAUCUGAUAUGAAGAGAGGUGUAACCCCUACAUCUGAAAUCAGGAGAGGUACCACACCUAUAUCUGAAGUGAGCAGAAGUAUUACACCAACAUCUGAUAUAAAGACAGGUACAACCCCUACAUCUGAAAUCAGGAGAGGUACCACACCUAUAUCUGAAGUGAGCAGGGGUAUUACACCAACAUCUGAAGUAAAGAGAGGUGCAACCCCUACAUCUGAAAUCAAGAAAAUUGUUGCAUCCAUUGCUGAAGAGAACAAAGGUACAACACCAACACGUGAGAUUUCUGUGGCAAGACGACCCAAAACACCUUCAUACCAAACCCCUCGAGCAAAAACACCUGUUUUUGAAAAACCAAGGGUCAACCCACUUUUAUUUGCAACUUUCACUGUUACAACCACAUCAGGAGAUGCUCACGACUCCACAGUCAGAAAGGACCCACAGACACUCAAAGUGCCAAAUUCUGUUGAGACUCCAGCUGAGCCUGAAAGUCUUAAACAAUCUCUUUCAUCUGAAUCUGCAGAAACACCAGCAAAGGAUGACACUCCUGCUGAAACACCAAAUGAGACUUCUAAGUACACAGCUCUUUCCACCGUGUACCAAAGACCAAAAACUCCUACAUAUGAAGCUCCUAAGCCCACAUCUCUUCCAAAUGGAUACCAAACUCCCACAUACAAAACAUCUAAGCCUAAAACAUCUCAAUUUGGGUAUCAGAGACCUAAGACACCAACAUAUGAGGCCCUAAAACCUAAAAACAAAUCAAAAUAUUAUGGACUCACUCCAGCUGCACCUAUUGGUUAUGGUGGUAUCCAGAGUGAUACACCAGAUUCUGGAAUUUCUAGGUCCAAGACCCCAACAUAUGACCCAAACAUAUCUAAAGUAGCACCUACAGUAGCACCUACCUUGCCCGAAGUCACAAAGCCUCAGGUAGCUUCUAAAGAACCAGAAAUAUCAGUGGGCAGUGAAGUAUCAGUAACGCAAGUUCAUGGGAUGGAAAAUUCAGUCCCAAGACCAAAAACCACUUCCAAUGAAGUGAGAACAACAGUUGAGGCAGAAGAAAUUCCAACAAAGCUAUCUGAUGAAGAAAAAUCUAAAGUUCACACGUUUGGAGUAAAGAGAGUUAAAACACCUACUCGAGAAACUCAAAAGGUUGAAACAUCAACCAUAGAACCAUCAAUAGCAACAAUCCCUAUGGAGACCCAAAGAGCAAAAACACCAACAUAUGAGGCUCCAAAAAUAACAACAGAUAUUUCUGAAACACAGGAGAUUCCAGACUCUACUUUAGUAGAAACACCAUCUUCAAAACUAAAAGCACUGAACGCAUCUACAAAAAAAUCAUUACAAGAUGGUCCUUCUGUGUUUCAUGCAAAUGAGAAAAGCACCCCGCCACACCCACUUACUGGGGUUAAAAGUCCUGCCAAGCACAUAAGUAGUGCCAAGGUACUGACCAACCAAGUUGUGGCUGUGCUUAAUAGCGUAAAACAAACACCACAGUCAGAGGAGGCACUCAUACUCAAAACACCUGCUGACAAAACGGAGGCCAUUGCAAUUAAUUUGCCUACCUCUUCUCACCAAAUUAUUGCACCAGCUCUAAGUGAUGGUGGAAUUAGGCCUCCUGAUCAAAUGGGUGGCGAAGCGAUGCAAACUGACUCAGCUAACAGUGAGGUUACAGCUUCAGAAAUAAAAGGUCUCAAAGAGCAUAUGACUUCAGUCAUACUAUCGUCUAAGGGGAAGAGUGGAACAGGAGACAAAUCACUACCAGAGGGAGAAGGUUUUCCGAAAACAAUGCCAAAAACAAAGGGCUUAAAAUCCAAGGUCAGCGCUUGGUCUAGGCUCAAGAAACACAUGGUCGUUGAGCCCGAAGAGCCAAAGUUUCCAGAACCAGAGUCUGAGUCCAAGAAAGAUGUUGACCAGGAGGAGAAGACAGAUGGGCAGAAAAAGCCCACUGAGCCUGGUUUAGAAUCUGGGAGUCAGGGUGAGAUGAGGGGCAAAGAUUCCCCCAGGGCCAUGAAGAUGUGGGAUGCUGUCCUCUUCCAGAUGUUUUCCACCCAAGAGAAUAUCUUGCAGCAGAUAAAUGCCAACAAGAGUGAAGAAGAAAAAACAGCAAGGAACACAGAAGAGAUUCCGUCAUUUGUGUUUCGCUUACCACUGCUCCUCUACAGCCCGCAGUUCAACGCUAGAAAACUGAAGGAAGCUGCUUCGAGGCCCACCACAAAAAUAUUGACAGUGUUUGAGUUGGGGCUGAUAGGUCGCAAGAAUCAAGAUGAGGACCCGAAAGAUUUUAACAGAACCGCGAAAGGAUUCAAUGCUUCAAAAAGCACAGAGGCUUGAUUGAUGGUGGUGGGGGGGUGGUGCUUAUGCUGUUAGCUUAUGUUAGCGUUCUCCCUUCUCCUGAUCAAUCCUUGUUAAAUAAAUAAAAAUUAUACAUAUAAGCUGAUAAAUAACCAAUGAUAAUAUCAUCAUUGCUAUAAUUGCAUAUUGCAAAUUGUCACAAUUUGCGAUUUCUCCCCAUAUACACCCGUGGAAAAAAUUAAGAGAUCGCAGGACAAUUUUUUGUUUGACUCAUUUCUUAAUUUCUGGGUGUGUCUGUGAAACAAAAAUAUAUAUUUUUUUGCAAACUGCAGCCUGGUUCUUCUCUAUUUCCCAUUAACAAAAGGCUUCUUUCUUGUUUCAUUAGACUUCAGUCCUGCUUCUGAGCCUGAUAUGUCCAGCAGCAGUGCACUUAACACCUGCACUUAACAUUUCCCAUUCCUUUUGAAGGUCACUUGAUGUCAUCCUACGAUUCAUGAGAAACUGUCAGAUAAGUUAAUGGUCAUCUCUGGCAUUAGAAUGUCGCUUCCGCCCUUAACCUGGCUGGCUUCUGGUCGUUCCCGGUGUCUCCUGCUUCAGUUUCUUCUUGUGUACUUGUUAGAAAUUUUGAACCUAGCAGCAACCUGCUGCUCAGCGUAACCUUCUGCCAGCAGAACUAUGAUUAAACCAGGAUUUAAAAAUGCAGAUUUGUUUAAAAAUAAAGAAUGGUCUCUUAACUUUUUCCACGGCUGUAUUUCAUGGUACACUUCUAGAUAACUAGCAUGGUCAUGCAACUGUUGGGUUCUUCAGACUGUAAACCCUCGCCGUGUUGAGCUGCUCCAGCAUUUAUAGCACUAAGAAAGCACAUGUUCUUACAUAUCGAAAUGUCAUAAUGUUCUGGAGAUGCUCUCUGACGUGAGAGUGUUUUGAUGGAUGAGUUAAAGAAAAUGGAGAAAUUAAGAGGCUAAAUCAACAUGCUGAGCCAUUAAAUUAUAUAAUUUCUGUUAAACUAUUGGUUUUCUCUGCACUAUGAAUAGUUUCAAGUAGAUCAAAGCUGACCAGCCAUAACUUCUGAUAUGACAGAAUAUGAGCUUGUGGUGCAUGAAAGGAUUUUCCCACUGUCUUCUGAUAAACUCAAUAAUCUUUCAUGCCAAAUAGUCGAUAUGGUUUUUAUUAAACCAAGAAAUAUUGACAUUUUGGUAAAACCAAAAAAAAUAAAAAAAAAUAAACAGGAACAAAGAUUUUUUUUUCAUAAAUAACAAAUUGUGGUUUUGUCUGAAAAACAGUCAUAUGCUUUUUUUGUGAAGGGCGUUUAGUCAAAUUCAGUAUUUGUGUUUUUUUCUCUUCUAUACAUUUUCCAGUAAUAUGGUGCUUCUUAAAUAGGAAACAAUCUCAGAGUUCUGAGCCACAGCUGUGAUAGUAGGAGGUGGUGGGAGGGGGGCAGGGGGGGACUAUGAGCAAAUUGUUUCCAUGCAUAUUAACCAGACGUAUACAUUUUUUAAAUUUCAGCUGCUUCAGAGUAAUUGUGUCUGCUAAGUUCCUAUAGUAAAUAAAAAUAAAAGAAUAUGGGCAGCUAUUACGAGUACAGAAACACAACGCAGGUUAGGCGUGAAGAAAUGUGGUUUUCAGAGGGAUAGCUUUGAUGCAGAGUUGAAAACUCAUUGUGUGGGGAAGGACUAGAGAGAAGGCAGACAGACAUGGAGAGCGGGCGAUGGAAAGAAUGGAAGAAUGGAUCUAUGUGCAACGAAGACAAUGUCAUUGCAAGUUCCUGUAUGAGUCUUUGUUUUCAGGACAUCAAAAUGCGAAAUAAAGCAGUACUACAAUGUCCGGUU